CGAGUGAGCUCCAUUUCCCAUCAUGGAGAGUCAGAGAGUCCAGUCCUCGUACAGGAAGCGCUACGGGCCUCAGGGCUCCGGCAGCACAGGAGUCAGAAUUGGGAGCCUUUCUUCCAGCCGCCUCUCCUGGCAAGGCACCCCCCGCAACUUCACCCACUCCAGCCCUGUGUCGCGGAUCUCCUUGGGCUCAACGGGCCUGCUCCUGGGCAGCACCAUGGACCGGCUGGAUUUCCCAGCUGAAUCCCUGAUGAAGGCCCAGUACAAGGAGACGCGCACCAACGAGAAGGUGGAGAUGAUGGGUCUGAAUGACCGUUUUGCCAGCUACAUAGAGAAGGUGCGCCUGUUGGAGCAGCAGAACAAGGUGCUGGUGCAGGAGCUGAACCAGCUGAAGGUGAGGGAACCCAGCCGCAUGGGAGACAUCUACCAGGAGGAGCUGAGAGAGCUGCGCAGACAGGUGGACGGACUCACUUCUGGCAAAGCUCGGCUGGAGAUAGAGAAGGACAACAUGGCUGCAGAUGUGACUAUGCUCAAGCAGAGGUUGCAAGAUGAGAUGGGUCUCCGACAGGAUGCAGAAAACAAUUUGAAUGCCUACAGACAGGAUGUGGAUGAAGCUUCUCUUAAUCGUGUCCAUUUAGAGAGGAAAAUCGAUGCCAUGCAGGAUGAGAUAAACUUCUUGAGGAAGACUCAUGAGGAGGAUCUGCGUGAGUUACAGGAGCAGCUCAUGGCCCAGCAGGUGCAUGUUGAACUUGAUGUAUCCAAACCAGACCUGACUGUUGCUCUGAGGGACAUCCGGGUCCAGUAUGAAACCAUGGCAACCUCCAACAUGCAGGAGACCGAGGAUUGGUACCGAUCCAAGUUUGCUGACCUGACAAACGCAGCCAAUCGAAACGCAGAAGCCCUGCGCCAGGCCAAGCAGGAGGCCAAUGAAUACCGGCGUCAGGUCCAAGUGCUGACCUGCGAUGUUGAGGCUCUACGAGGAACAAACGAGUCUCUGGAACGUCAGCUCCGGGAGAUGGACGACCGCUUCGCCAUGGAGACAUCUGGUUACCAGGAUAGAGUGAGCCAUCUGGAGGACGACAUCCACUCGCUGAAGGACGAGAUGGCCAGACACCUGCAGGAGUACCAGGACCUCCUUAACGUCAAGCUGGCCCUGGACAUCGAGAUCGCCACCUACAGGAAGCUGCUGGAUGGAGAGGAGAGCCGGAUCACCAUUCCAGUUCAGAGCUUUUCUAACCUGCAGUUUAGAGAAACUAACCUGGACACUAAAACCCCAGAGGCCCACGUGAAGAGGAGCAUCUUGGUUAGAACCGUGGAGACUAGAGAUGGGGAGAUCAUUAAGGAAUCAACAACUGAACACAAAGAUCUUCCUUAAAGUUCGACUUGUCUCAAUCUGGGAUUAUUACUUAUUUGUUUUGUUUCCAAACCCCAAAGCUCCCCCAUCAGUGCAUCAUUUCAUGUUUCUCUCCUUUCAUCAUCACCUGCAUGCUAAUCUAUUCAACAACCCAUGACUUAACUAUUAAACUCUCCUAGACUUCCUCAUUAGAACUUCUGCAAAAAACAUCUAUGUUCAGCUCUUAUACAGCUGUUAGCAGGAUGUAGGUCACUCAUAUUAAAAUGGUAUGUACCAUUUUGUUCUGUUCCAGUGAAAACUCCAGGAAACCACUGGCAACCUGUUUAAUUUGAAUUUGUUAGCACGGUUUCAGAUUAGCUGCCAUAGAGAAGGCCUUAAAACGUAGCAAUUGUCUUAAGCUAAUAUGUAGCAUGGUCGAGGUUGACAUGUUAUGAGUAUGUGAAAUGUGGCAAGGGAAGUACCAGAGGGAGUUUGGGUUUGCAGACACCAGAAUUGGAUAGCGGUGGGAAAUAAGAGUUGUGUGUAUGUUAGAGCAUCUUUUGGCAGAAGGACAGGUGAAUUUGGGCUCUUUUUUUAAUGUUAUGCCUCUGCUUGUGUGUUAAAGCUUGUAUAGCCUGCACAGGUGUUUCAAUGAGUACACCUCACUUCGGGCUGAUUACACGUGUGCUUAGAUAGGAGACGAGUGGAAAUGAUCAAACAGCUAAUGUGUACUUUUUCACUUUUUACAACCACAAACCUCUCUAGAGCCAAACAGUCUGCUAUGGCUGCUUUUGAUGGGUACAUUUGUAAAAAAGUCAGUGUUCUGUAGACAUUAGAGCUGCGACAGUUAGUCGAACAAUAAGUUGCAGCCGUAGUAAACAUUUACUAAAUCGUAAAGACAGAUCAGACAGAGACAGAGACAGCUGACAGGCAAUCAACAUAAAACCACUGCAGAGUCUAUAUUGAUCAAAGCUAUGAUGUUUUCUGUGAGUUUUUGACAGAAUUGAUUUCAUCACCAUUCAGUAGUUUUAUUUAAAAGAAACAGUGUUGACUGACAGUUGCUGAAUGUUUGCAUCUUCUCUACAGAGGACACUGACCUUGGCAUCCAUAUUCUGUGAUGUUACAUACAUAUAAAAGGUGUCCCAUCAACAGGUGCAACAAAACUCACAACAGACGAGUGUGUGAAAACCUAUGCAGUCCUGAGAGGAAGUCUCAUGAGCCAAAAUAAACAGCUGUGAGUGUGUUUAUACUUUCUCCCUCGCCUUCUGCUCUUCUGCCUUCUCCAUUCAUCGCAGCUGUUGGUAUCCUUUGUCUCUCACACAACCUGAUAAGACAUUAUUUGACACAAGGAUGCUUCAGAGUAUAAUCAAGCAAGCGUGAUAGGGACAGAGCCAGGUUGGAGGUGUGGAGAAACUGUUUGGAUACUGACUUGUCCUCCAGCCUCCAAUAAAUCUCCUCCAAAUUCCCAGGCCAAUUUCUGUUGUGUUUGACUGAUAGCAGCGAGAGAGUGCUUUGGAGAUGAUCUCCACCAAAUCCCAAAGCAGUAGAAACUAUAAGGUUUGUUAUAAAAGUGAGGAUGCUGGGGUUAGAAGUAAAAGGAGGCUGCGAAGGAGGACGAUUGAUUGACCUUUCCAGCAAAAACACUGUAAUCCAUGCUUCCUGCCUGGUUAGAAGUCACGGCACGCUGACUGAAGCCGUGUUACUGACAGCUGGCCUCGCCUCUAAUGAGUGCUGCUACACUGAAGCUGGCUGUUGCUGUGUUCGUUGCCAAGGACAUGCUGUGAUUUGAGUUGUGCCUCCCACCCUCUCCCCUCCACAACUUCCACUGCUGUCACUCAACCCCUUCUCCCAAUAACAUGCAGAUUUCUACUGUAUUCCCUCUUUGUUUUUUAAUAUUGAUCUUAGAUGGAUGAAUCCUGCAUAUUCUUAUGGAAGAAACAUUUGCAGAUGGAAAUAUAACAUUAGUAUUGACCGAUGCUACGUAAUGUUUACUUGACAAGAAUAAAACAUUUUGUCUGUUAGAG